AAGAACAGAUGGUGUCUUACUGUGUUGUUGUAUUUUUGUAGGGUUUGAUCAGCUUAUUUGCUUGCGUGUGUCCCAAGUUUCAAAAUGCUGUCAUUUGAGUUUUUAAUCUGUAGCAAAUCCAAAAUAGUGAUAUUUGUUUUAACGUAAGGAGCAGCUAUUUCGCAGGCUGUGGUGAAUGUAUCUCACCCGAUCUUUCUCCUCUCUCUCUCUCUCUCCAUCAUUUUAUUUUUUCAAAUAUUGUCUCUCUCUCAAAACAGAAAAAAAGAGAGAGAGAGAUCCGGUAAUAGAGUUUAUCCUCUUUCCUCCCUUCUCCCUUUCACCGUAUCUUACUCUAAUCGGAUCUCUCACGUUGGUGGAUUUGCGUGCCUAUCACGGCGGCCAGGACCGUCUUUAGCUUUCUUCUUCUCCUCCACCUCCAGGUUUUGUUCAUUGAUCCAGAGCCAUUGCUGAUCCCUCUCAAGAUCAGACAUGGAGGGAGUAGUAAACACCCCCUUUGCGGGUAUUAUUCACGAUUUCAAAGGAAGAAGAAAGUGCUACAAACAAGACUGGCUUGCUGCCUUCAACUCUGGUGUUAGGAUACUGGCUCCAACUCUCUACAUUUUCAUUGCCUCAGCAUUGCCUGUGAUAGCCUUCGGCGAGCAGUUAAGCAGAGAGACAGAUCGAAGUCUUGGCAUAGUGGAUUCAUUAGCUUCCACAGCUAUUUGUGGGAUCAUCCAUUCUAUUUUUGGUGGACAACCUCUGUUGAUAGUAGGUGUUGCUGAGCCCACUAUUAUUAUGUAUACAUACCUUCACAGCUUCAGCAAAGGCAGGCCUGAGCUGGGUCAGAAACUCUACUUAGCCUGGGCAGGAUGGGUCUGUGUCUGGACAGCAGUUUUGCUUAUCCUUCUUGCAACGUUAAACGCGUCAAACAUCAUUUCUAGAUUCACCAGAAUUGCUGGAGAGCUCUUUGGAAUGCUGAUCACCGUUCUGUUUUUCCAAGAGGCUGUUAAGGGAGUUCUCGGCGAGUUUCUUGUACCAAAAUCUGAAGAUCCAAGACUGGAAGUGUAUCAGUUCCAGUGGCGGUACACCAAUGGGCUUCUUGCAGUUAUCUUCUCAUUCGGCCUUCUUUACACUGCUCUUAAAAGCAGGAGAGCAAGAUCAUGGAGAUAUGGCUUUAGGUGGAUGCGAGGUUUUAUAGGGGACUAUGGAACUCUCCUCAUGCUUGUGUUGUGGAGUGCGUUCUCCUUCACAGUCCCUAGAGAUAUUCCUGAAGGAGUUCCAAGAAGGCUCGAAUUACCUCUUCCUUGGGACCCUGAGUCUUUGUAUCACUGGACAGUAGUCAAGGACAUGGGGAAGGUCCCUCCUCUUUUCAUUCUUGCUGCAUUUAUACCAGCAAUCAUGAUAGCAGGUCUAUACUUCUUUGAUCACUGUGUAUCUGCACAAAUGGCUCAGCAGAAGGAGUUUAAUCUGAAAAAUCCACCAGCUUAUCACUAUGACAUCUUUAUUCUAGGAAUCAUGACAUUGAUCUGUGGAUUACUUGGACUUCCUCCUUCAAAUGGAGUCAUUCCACAGUCCCCUAUGCACACAAAGAGUCUUGCAGUUCUUAAGAGGCAGCAAAUACGAAAGAAAAUGGUCCAGAAAGCCAAAGAAUGCAUGAAGGCAAAAGCAAGCAAGUCAGAGAUCUAUGGGAAGAUGCAAGAUGUGUUUAUAGAAAUGGAAAAAUCACCCAAGGCUACCUCAGUGGCGAAAGAGCUAGAAAACUUGAAAGAAGCAGUGAUGAAAGCAGACGAUGGAGGAGGAGGAGACACAAAGGGGAAGAAGUUUGAUCCGGAAGUACAUAUUGAAGAUCAUUUGCCUGUUAGAGUAAAUGAGCAGAGAGUGAGCAAUCUCUUGCAAUCAAUCCUUGUUGGAUUGUUGAUAUUCGCAGUACCACUUCUCAGAAUGAUACCAACUUCAGUUCUAUGGGGUUACUUCACUUACAUGGCUGUUGAUAGUCUCCCUGGGAACCAAUUCUGGGAAAGACUUCUGUUACUUUUCAUCACUCCUGGUCGUCGAUUCAAAGUUCUUGAAGGUUUACAUUCAUCAUUUAUGGAGAUUGUACCAUACAAGUCCAUUGUUAUGUUUACACUCUUCCAGCUUCUGUAUUUUCUGAUAUGUUAUGGAGUGACAUGGAUACCUGUAGGAGGGAUUCUGUUCCCAUUGCCAUUCUUCUUCCUCAUUGCUAUAAGGCAAUACAUCCUCCCCAAGAUAUUUGAUCCAGCUCAUCUCCAAGUUUUAGACUCUUCAGAGUAUGAAGAGAUGGCUGGUGCACCACAUAAUAUUCCUUUGAGUUCGGUAGAGAUCAUUGAGGAUGAGUUUUACGAUGCAGAGAUUUUGGAUGAGAUUACUACUAGUAGAGGUGAACUCAAGCAUAGAACCUUAAGUGUCAGGGAGGGCAGAUCCCAAAUGGUGUAUCCGGAAAACAGUGGACAUUCCUAAGUCUUGUUACAUAUCUUUGAAAGAUGUUGCUUUCUAAUAAACUGCAGAUUAAAUGCAAGAAGAUGUUUAGAGGCAAGAGAAGAAGUAUG